UAGAGGGGUGGGGUGUUCGAGGUCAUUCAGUCCCUCUCUGAUUCACUCUAUCGGCGUGUGUGUGUGUUGAGGGAACGGGUAGUUGGAGUAAGGAAUCGCCGGGCGCUAGUGCAUCACGAAUGCUUUUUUGGGGGAAAGAAACGCCGCUGAAAAAUUACACCAUAGACCGAAGAAGCGACCCCCGGUGACGACUUCUGUGAAAAGAAUCUUUUCAACGCAGCGACUGCGCCACACGCACAGCCAGGCAAACGCAGCCGGGCUAUCAAAUGUUAGCCUACUAGCAUCCCUGAAAACAGACGGGAUCAAGGUGUUGAUAGCUAGCCUCCCAGCUAAUUGCCCAUCAGCUAGCAUCCUCAGCGGUAGCAUCAUUAGCUCGUUUCUCCUCGCGCACGUCGAGACCUCGCCAUCGCUCGUGGCGGUCCCUUUUAGGUCGCGGCAAUCAAAUCCGACACUGAGACAAAAACAGAGAGCGGUUCCUCCUCACUGGUGCUGGAGACGGCGUCUGCGUUGCAUUACUUGUCACCAUCACACCCAACCCCAUCACCUCUGCCCCUCUUCCUCCACCCGAAACACUGGAAAUCCACAAGCGGCCGGGUAGCGGCGAGGGGCCGGCGAAGCUGGGGGUGGUAACGCUACCGGACUCGCAGGGAGUCACAGCGGCUACAGACAAGCACAGCCGUGGGGAUCUACCGACAAGUAUGGACGGGCUGGCCGUGGAAGUUCGCGGCUCGAACGGGGCCUUCUACAAGGGUUAUAUCAAAGAUGUCCACGAAGACUCGCUCACAAUUGUGUUUGAAAACAACUGGCAGCCAGAGAGACAGUUGCCCUUCAGUGACGUGCGGUUGCCUCCUCCAGCCGACUAUCACAAGGAAAUUGGUGAAGGAGAGGAGGUGGAGGUUUACUCCAGGGCCAACGAACAGGAGCCAUGCGGCUGGUGGCUGGCGCGGGUCAGAAUGAUGAAGGGAGAAUUCUAUGUGAUCGAAUAUGCGGCGUGCGACGCCACGUACAACGAGAUAGUCACGUCAGAGCGCAUCAGGCCUCUAAACCCCAACAGCCCUGCCUCUCGAAACACCUUCCACAAGAUCCCCAUCCCCGUCCCAGAAGACCUGAGGGACAUCUGUGCAAACGACAACAUUCACAAAGACUUCAGGAAAGCAAUCGGAGCCAACUGCAUCUUCUACAGUGCCCAAACACAUGAGCUCAUCGUGCUGUCCACAAAUGAAACCACAGUAAAGCGUGCAGCUCUUCUGAGCGACAUGCAUUUCCGGAGCAUCCGUACCAAGCUUAUGCUAAUGUCCCGCAAUGAAGAAGCCACCAAACAUUUGGAGACAAGUAAGCAGUUAGCAUCGGCGUACCAAGAGGAGGUGAGGGUCAGGGAGGACCUGAUGGGCCUCGCCAUCGGCUCCCACGGUGCCAACAUCCAGCAAGCGAGGAAGGUGCCUGGUGUUACAGCGAUCGAGCUGGAGGAGGAAAGCUGCACGUUCAGGAUCUAUGGAGAGACCCCAGAGGCAGUGAAGCAGGCCAGAGAGUAUCUCGAGUUCAAGGAAGACUACUUUCAGGUACCCAGGAACCUUGUAGGCAAAGUCAUCGGCAAAAACGGCAAAGUCAUCCAGGAGAUUGUGGACAAGUCGGGCGUGGUCCGUGUCAGGAUCGAGGGAGACAACGACAAAAAGCUUCCCCGCGAGGAGGUAGGCAGGCAGGGGGCUGGCAGGGACGACACUGCCAGCAGCAAAGAGGGCAUGGUUCCCUUUGUGUUUGUGGGAACCAAGGAGAACAUCAGCAACGCUCAGGCUCUGUUGGAGUACCACGUGUCCUAUCUCCAGGAGGUGGAGCAGCUGCGCCUUGAGCGCCUGCAGAUUGACGAGCAGCUCCGUCAGAUCGGGGUUGGGUACCGCGCGCCUACCGGCCGAACCGGGGGCCCUGGUGUUGAUCGAGAGAAAGGCUACCUGACAGAUGAAAGCACCAAUUCACUCCACACUCGAACCUACGGGGGCCGCGGCAGAGGGCGAAGGGCCUCCAACAGUCAGUACUCCGGAUAUGGCACAAACUCUGAGCUGUCCAAUGCCUCUGAGUCAGAGGACCCCACCGAGCGAGACCAGAGGCCCCGUGGAAUAGGCAACGAUGAGAGGGGAUCCCGACGGGGUGGUAGGGGCCGAGGAUCCAACUCAGGACGAGGUCGCGGAGGGCCAGGAUCCAAGCCUUCGAAUUCAAUCAGCUCAGUACUGAAGGACCCAGACAGUAAUCCAUACUCCCUGCUGGAGGGUGAAGGAGAGCUGGCUGACGCAGACAUCAGUGAAGGCAUGGGAGACCGCCGCAGACGAUCCCGCCGCCGCCGGAACGACCAGGAGCCCAGUGUCAUGGACGCAGCUGCAGAGUCGGACAGCCAGGCCGGCCCGAGUGAGAACGGACUAGAUGAAGAAGCCCGGCCUCAGCGCCGCAACCGAAGCCGCCGCCGCCGUAACCGUGGCAACCGCCCAGAGGGAGGUUCAACCAGCCGUGACAGACAGCCAGAAAGUGUGACUGUUGCUGACUACAUAUCCCGCGCCGAGUCCCAGAGCAGACAGAACCUGCCCCAGAAGGAAAACCACGCUGCCCCUGAGCCCAAGGAGAACGGCACCACCGCCAAGAAGGAAGAGCGAACGCCCUCGAAGCGUUCCCCCAGCAAAGGAUUGACCUCGGCCAGCGAGACCCUGACCUUGGUCAACGGGGUCUCAUAAAGAGACGAGCGAACCCUUGCGAACCCAAGUCUAGAGCAAGACUCCAUGGCAAACUCUGUCCCUGCUUGCAUUAACUUAAACCUUAAACAGAUGAGUGAAAAAGUA